AUUUUAGUAUACAUUAUAUCGUAUGUCUUUAUUAUAUAAAAAGAGUUGACUAUAGUCAAGUCAAAUAUGUUUUAAUACACAAAAUUGAAUCAUGGCACAUCAUCUUAAAUUAAGAAAGUUUGAAAUAGUGUUGGAUUCCCAUAACACGACCUAUUAUUUGGGUAGUUAUGUGACGGGAAAGUGUGUGAUAGCACUGGACGGCACCCUUGACCUGUCAAAGCGUUCGGUCAAAUCCUAUCGAAAGGCACAUAUGAAUUCCCAUUUUCCUAUCAAUUACCACAUGAGUAAUAUAAUUAUGCAGGGAAUAGCAUCGAGUUUUACUGGGUAUUCAGGAUCAAUUGAGUACUGGAUUGAAGCGGAAAUUCAUAGACCGAUGUUUUCAAAGAAUAAAAGAGCUAGGGCUAAACUUAAUGUGUCCGUGCCACUUAUUUGUAACGAAUUAAUGGAACCGCUAGAAAAGAAUUGUACGAAAAGUGAAGUUGUGACCAUUGUGUGCAAUGUUAGUAACAAAUCAUCCGUACGGGUGAUACCACGAGUGACUUUGAGACAAAUACAGACUUUUAAACAAUUAUCGGCCACAAAGGAUAAUGAAAAGACAGUCCGAAGACAAACCACACAUACCGUCAAAAAGCAAAGAUUGGAGGGAUCACUUACGGAACCGGGACUCAGCACUAGUCAUAUAUUUCACGUGGAGAUUCCCAUUGAUAUUCCUAUAUCAGUGGACUGUCCUAUUCUAACGGUUUCAUAUGACUUGCAUCUAACUGUUGACAUCCCAUCA